UCGUAAGUCGAUUGAAAUAAGUCUCAUCAAAAAACAGCACGUGAAUAAUAUACACCCCUAGUGAAUAUGGAUAUUUCUGAGAAAUUGAAUUUUAGCCAAGUAAAAUACCAAUAUAUUGCAGUCAUUUGCGUGAACUUACUGUCAUUUUGUCAAGGAUUCAGUAUUGGAUGGGUCUCGCCGAUGUUACAAGUUUAUCGGUCAGAAAAUAGUCCUCUGGACACUGGACCGAUCACAUUGCACGAAACAAUCUUAUUGGCUGUUUUACCAACAGUUAGCGGAUUUUUCGGGAUAAUUUUGUUCUCAAUACUAUCCAAUCACUUGGGGCACAUCUUUACAAUCACUUUACUUGCUUUUCCAAACACGGCUUUUUUCAUCAUUUUGCUUGCAUCAAAUUCGAUAAAUGUAAUUUUGAUCGGACGACUGUUAACUGGUAUCUCAUGGGGAGGAAUUCAUCUUUGUAUUCCGCUAUUUGUUGCAGAUAUAGCACAUCCCAGAAUUCGAGGAUUCCUUGGCUUACUUUUCAACCUAAGUAAUUGUUUCGGUAUGCUGGUUGCAUAUAUUUGUGGAGCGUACCUGGACUACGCUCACGUUCCUUGGGUUAUACUACCAUUUUCAGUAAUAUUUUUGGUUUUCAUGAUAAUUUUUCCUGAAACUCCAAGCAGUUUGUUGCGACAGAAUAGAACGGAGGCUGCCAAAAAGUCGAUUCAAUUUUACAACAAUGGGAACGACAGCCACAAGAACGGAUUCGAUGUGGAUGCUGAAAUAACUAAGCUACAAAUUGUUGUAAACAAACGAGAAUUUGACAGACAACAAAGCAGCUGGAAACUAAUUUUGAAUAGAGAAUCGCUGAAGGGAUUAGGAACAGGCCUCAGUUUAACAGCAAUUGUGGUCUUCAGUGCAGUGCACGCGUUCACCACAUACGCGUCGGAUUUGUUCACAGCAGCAAAUGUCAGUUUUGAUGCAAAUUUGUCGGCAAUCAUAGUGGGGAUACUGAACUUACUUGGAACGGCCGUUUCCGCUGGAUUAAUCGAUUCGUGGGGUCGUAGGAAACUUUUUGGGCUCUCUAGCACAUUGUCUGGUGCUGCUUUAAUCGCGUUCGGUAUAUUUUCGUAUAUCAACAAUCAAGGCUUCGAUGUGGCUUCGUUUUACUGGGUACCUGUCACUUGUGUCUCAUUUUACAUUUUCGUAAGUGCUGCCGGAAUGAGGCCCCUUCCUCUCGUUUAUACAGCUGAAAUACUGCCGUGCAACAUUCGACACAUCGGUUCCACUAUAUGCAUGCUAGCCUUUACCGUAUUCUUCUUGAUUUCAAACACAAUUUUACCAAUCUUUAUGGAAAUGUGCACACUGCAGACAGUCAUGUGGACGUAUGGUGGAGUUUGCUUAUUUGGCUUGAUUUUCACCGUACUUUUUAUGGACGAAACGAAAGGAAAGAAUUUAAAUGAUGGAAGUUGAUUUUUUGAUUUUUAGUAAUGCACCCGACCAUAGCACUGAACAGCUAUGACCAGACGAAUAUGAGAGUACAAUUUAAAGGCAUUGAAAUUUUAGCAUGAAUUUGCUUCAGCUAUUUUUCAGCUGAUCCACCCAAACAAUCAAACAUUUUUAUACGUCUGAGCGUAGCAGCUUCAACCGGAUGAACAGUUUUGAUUGUAUUUGUGGAUCAGCUAAAAAAACAGCUAAAGCAGAUUCAUGCUGCCUCUCACUGCAUGCCUUCUUAUUGGGGAGUUGUUGUUAUGGUUUUUAAUCCAUAUAUUUUGUAAAUAAAUGAAGAAGCUAGUG